AUGGUUGCCAGACUGAAGGAGCUUUCAGCAUCCUUAAGUGAGCGAGUGGCUCAGCUAGAGAGGGAUGAGGCCCUAGCUGCUGCCCAACCUACCCCAUCUGCGGAGGUUCUAGUGCCACAGUCUCCCACUGAUGAUGUGGUCGAUCAAGGUGGCGACAAUGUUGAGGGACUGGAGGAGAGCAAGAGCAAGGAGGAAGAGGAUGAUGAGGAUGAGAAUGGGCCCGAGGAAGAGGGUGACGGGGAGCAGAGAGAUAUGUGGGAGCGUUUGGAGUUAUUUUCUCAAACUUCCUUGCUCCCUUGGGCAAUAGGGGGAGACUUCAAUGCUGUUUUGUCUCCUACAAAGAAGGUGGGGGGACGCCCAGAAUGUUCAUUAUCUCUUGAAGAGUUUCGCAGUUCUGUCAAUAAUGCAGCUCUUAUUGAUGCAAGGUAUAUUGGAAAUGUCUUCACUCAGACGAACAAGCAAGAGGGAGCAUGUAAAUUCAUGGCUCAAUUAGACCACUUUCUGUUAAAUAAUGCCUGGUUAACAGCUAUCCACUCAAGUCAGUCUCUUCACCAUGGUCUUUGUACAUGGAACAAAGAGGUUUUGGGGAAUAUUCAUCAAAAUGUCAAGAAUGCUGAGGAUGCGGUUAGCAGGGCAGAAGCAUCCUAUCAUCAGCUCCCUAACCCUCUUUUGAAAGAAGAAUUAAACGUGGCCAAAGAAAAUCUACAGAAGGUCCUUCUCCAAGAGGAGAUUUUUUGGAGGCAAAAAUCUAAGGCAACUUGGCUCAAGGAGGGGGAACGGAACACUAAGUUUUUCCAUGAUAUGGUGAACGUACGAAGGAAGAAAGCCGACAUUAAUAAAUUAAAAAUGAGAGAGGGGAUGUGGAUAGAUGAUCCAGAAGAGGUGAAGACUGAAGCCGUUAGACAUUUUUCCAAUAUUGUCCCUUCUUAA